UCCAUCCGCCGGGAGCGGCCCCGCCCCGGGAAGCGCUGCAGGAACGGGCGGGCACCGAGCGGAGCCGCAGGUCAAUUCCAGCACCAGAGCCGAAGGAAAGAGGAUGGAAGCCGGAAAUGCUGCCAAGGAAAGAGUCCUCAUUACUGGAGGAGGGGGUUAUUUUGGCUUCCGUUUAGGUUGUGCCAUAUAUCAAAAGGGAGUCGAYGUGAUUCUCUUUGAUGUCGUGAAGCCACUUCAAGCUGUGCCAGAGGGAAUAAAGUUCAUGCAGGGGGAUAUCUGCUGCCUGUCUGAAGUGGAAGAAGCUCUCAGAGAUGUAAUCUGCGUAUUCCAUAUCGCCUCCUAUGGCAUGUCUGGCAGGGAGCAGCUGAACCGAAAACUCAUAGAAGAUGUUAAUGUGAAAGGAACAGAAAAUGUCAUCCAGGCCUGCAAGAGCAGGGGAGUGCCAAGUCUGGUUUAUACAAGUACCUACAACGUGAUAUUUGGGGGCCAGAUUAUAGAAAAUGGGGAYGAGUCUCUGCCUUACCUCCCUCUGCACCUUCACCCUGACCACUACUCCCGAACGAAAUCCUUGGCUGAAAUGAAGGUGCUGGAGGCAAACGGCGCCGAGCUUGGAAACGGGAAAGGCGUCCUGAGGACCUGUGCCCUGCGCCCCGCGGGGAUCUACGGCCCUGGAGAGCAGAGACACCUUCCCAGGAUCGUCAGCUACAUCGAGAGGGGACUGUUCCAGUUUGUCUAUGGAGACCCCCUGAGCCUGGUCGAGUUUGUACAUGUGGAUAACCUGGUCCAGGCUCACAUCCUCGCCUCCGAGGCUCUCCGAGCCAGCAAGCAGCACAUUGCUGCAGGCCAGGCCUAUUUCAUUUCUGAUGGUAGGCCAGUCAAUAACUUUGAAUUUUUCCGACCGCUGGUGGAAGGUUUGGGUUACAAGUUCCCAACCCKGCGCCUUCCCCUCUCCCUUGUCUAUUUUUUUGCAUUCCUUACUGAAAUGGUUCAUUUUCUCGUAGGGCGUGUUUAUAACUUCCAGCCCCUCCUCACACGCACGGAGGUUUACAAAACUGGUGUCACGCAUUAUUUCAGCAUGGAGAAGGCCAGGAAGGAGCUGGGCUAUGAGCCCCAGCAGUACAGCCUGGAUGAAGUGGUGCAGUGGUUUAGAUCCCAGGGAUGUGGACCAAAGCCAAGAAAUUAUACUGUGAUGCAUCUGGUUAGGGAUGGAGGACUGCUUUUGGUGCUGAUUGCUGUGCUSGUCUCAUGGUUUCCAUCUGCAGCUACAUUUUCACUCUGAAAGAUGAAAUGCUGAGGACAGAAUUUCGUUAUGUUUUCUGCUUACUGUUGGUUUUGACAGAUAAUAAAAGAUUUUAAAA